AAAUUAAUCAAAAUACUAAUACCAGUUUGUGUUCUUUCUUUUGCGGAAAACAAAUCGGCACAACUGGUUCCAAUCGUUGUGGCGAUUAUCACUGGUCCUUCGUCGCCAUCCAAGUAAAAACUUAUUCUUCACCAGCACCAAAUUGAUCGCCAACCACUGAGCUCUUAAGAACAAAGAAGCAUUGAAUUUGUUACGGAAGACGUAUCUUUGAGGAGAAAAAGUGACCACAAACCUCUGGAUAACUUGUGCGCACAUCCAUACACAUACGAGCCAUCUGUACACACAAAAGAAAACUUCUUCUAUUAAGAUUUUAAAGGAGAUGACUCGCUACACUACCAUGCGUAAACAGGCUGAGGCAAGGAAAUAUCCGCUAACAUGCAGGCUGUGUGGUAGCAAGCAUCCGAUUCGACUGUGCCCAGUGUUUCGGUCCAAAUCGCUGGAGGAUCGCCUUCGUGAAGUGUUAGUGCAUCGGUACUGUACUAAUUGCUUGUCCGGGAUGCAUCGUGCCGCUCAUUGCACUCAUCCGGGAACUUGUCGACGCUGUAAAGAGCAACACCAUACAAUGCUCCACAUCGAUCUACCAGGCGAUGAACAACCGCGGGCCAGUCGCAAUGACGCAGACGACAGCGAUGCGAUUUCGUUAGUCGCGUCCGAGACUGGAGCGGAAACAAUUGCUUUCCGCCCGGACUUGGAGGAAGGGGAAUUGCUAAGCGCUGGAGCGGAAACCAGUGCUUUCCGCCCAGACGAAGCGCCCGGAAUGGAGUCAAAUGCACUCCAUCCGGAUUCUGCGAGCGAGCUAGAGUUGGAACCCCAACAUUUCGGACAGCUCUUACGAUACCAGCCAAGAGAGAGCGGAUUGGAAAUUAGAACUUUCCAACCGCGAUACUAUACCUCAUACCCCCAACCUCGACGACGAAGUAACCACCCACGGCAUAAGCGUCCCUCCCUAAAAGAACCGGAUUUCGGUCUGGGCAAGAUCACGCCCCAAUGAAUCCGAUACAACAACUCACCGCAGUUGCGCCAACAGCCAUCGUGAGGGUAGAAGCAGGAGGACGCUUGCACCUGGUAAGAGCUUUGAUUGAUCCGUGUGCCGCAACAUCCAUUAUCGCAGACGACCUCGCGCGAGAGCUGAAGCUCAAUUUAACGGCAGUCGGCAAUCAACGAGGGUGUUUCAUAAAACUACGCGGAAAACACGGAAAUUCCACGACCAUAACAAUGCACGCGGUGGCCGUACGGAACUAUCGGCAACAAACGCCUUUAAAAAGUCUCGAUGCCACGGUCGUAGUACCAUACAACAAUAUAAAGCUCGCCGAUCCUCAGUUCCACAUCGCAGCUCCCGUCCGCUUAGUGCUAGGUGCCGAAGUUUUCCCUAAGAUGUUCUUAGGCGACAUUCCAGCGGGAACUCUCGGUGCGCUACUAGCGCAAAACACCAUUUCCGGACGGGUACUGUCAGGCGCAUGCUAAACACAUUUUUGUAUGACUUUAUUUUUUUUUUCCAUGAUGAAUCAAUAACUGAAAAUUUUUCGUAUAUAUAUUUUGUUAUAUUUCAUGAGUCAACUUUUUUUUCAAAAUGAAUUAUUAAAUGAAAAUAUAUUAUAUAAUAUUAUUAAAAGUGCAGUUGAAUUUGAGACCCACGUCUUUUAUUUUUAAACUUUCUUUCCUUGUAGAAUUUAGGUCCAUAGAUGAAGAACUGAAUUGGAGAAUCUAGAUUUAACGUAUUUUUAUCGUGUAACGUGGUAUAGAGGUUGGAUCACAUGGUUCUUUGGAUGUUGCUUAUAGCAAGA